ACAAUUCUGUAACUUUUAUUUUAUGUUUUUUUCAUGGAAGAUUAAAAGUUAAUUAUUUCAUUUAUAUUUAAAUGAGAAUUGUUUUCUUUGGAGAUAAAGUGAAGAGCAAUGGAUUAAAUACAAAAGGAACAAACCAGUGUAAUGGAUGGGAAAUAACUAAAGAAGGAGCUAAAUACAUUCAAUUAGAUCCAAACCUUUGUCCUGGAAACUACCCUAAAAAGAACGAUUCAGAACUAAAGUCUGAAUCAAAACGUUUACGAAGACAUUCAAAACAAUUUAAUUAUCUACGUAAUGAUUCGUUAUCCCAUCAGCCUUAUCGUGUUUUUAAAACAUGUGGAAAUUAUCGUCGCAGAAAAAGGGUACUUACUAUUUGUGAUUCUAAUGAGCAAUUUGACUUGACUGGAGAUGUUGCUGUACCAGAAUAUUCUAAUAAUUUUGAAGUGCCAACUACUAGAUUAUUUCAUAGUGAGAAUGUUGACUAUUCAUCAAACGAAAAAGCAUUAUAUGAUAACGAAUCUGGCAAUCGCAUAAUGAGAGACUCGGAUUUUAAAAAAGUUUUAGGACCAAAGGUACGAUGGAUAAAAAUUGUAAUUGGAGUAGACUAUGAUGUUAUAGAGUUUCAUGGCAUACUCACUCAACAAUAUAUUUUUACUGUUUUCAAUAUUGUCAGCACGUUAUAUAAACAAAUAUCAACACUCUAUGAAAUAAAUAUCGUCAUUUUGAAGAUUUUAAUGUAUCCGAACUCUCAAGAUAGUGCAAUACUUGGAGAACAUGAAAAAUAUCCUCUAUAUGGUGCUAACAAAUGGAGUCGAGAAUUGAAAGAUAAAUUUUCUAUGGCAAUGUGGUACACUCAUUAUCCAUUAAGUGUUCAUGCUAAAACCUGCUAUAAUUCUAAAAUGUGUGAUCAGCAAUGGUCUUGUAUUGUUAUUAGAGAUGAUGGCUGGAUUUCUAGCAUUAAAAUUGCUCAUGCUAUUGGUCACCUUAUUGGGUUAACGCAUGAUGGAGAUUUAGAUUAUAAUAAUACAUGCGCUGCUGAAGCUAUUUUGGAGGGAACUAUUAUGGGGAAAAGUUUACCAGAUGUAAUACCAGUUCCUAUAUGGUCUAAAUGCUCUAGCAGAGAGUUUCAUACAUACAUAGAUAAUUAUCGAUGCUUGGCACGACCACCAAUCAGUCAUGAGGUAGCCGGAUAUUUGACUGGAAUUUUUUCAUUAGACGAUCAAUGUCGUAUCGAAUUUGGAGAAAGUUUCGUAUUUUGUCUUGCUGUUACGAUAACUGAUCCUUGUCGAGAAUUAUGGUGCAGUAGAUCUGCAUCACGGAAAAGAAUUUGUACAACUCGUAAAACCCCUACCUUAGAAGGUACACCUUGUGGUCGUGGAAAGAAAUGUCUGAACUCUGUAUGUACUGACCCCCAUAGAAAUAUUACGGGAAAUGCACCAUCUAACGAUCUCCCUGAUGAAGUAUCUUCAACUCCUUCAUCUAGUUGGUCUCCAUCACUAAAUUGGUCUACUCCUAUCGUACCAUCAUUGCCUGGAUCAAAUGAAACACAAAGCAUGCCAUUACCAUCAUCUCCAAUAAAUUGGCCUCCUCUAAAUUCUUCAUCUAGUUGGACACCAUCUGGCCCUUCUUUACAACCUCCAACAAACUGGACAAUGCCCCCAGCUGCUUCUCCACCUUCUUCUAAUUGGACUUUACCCGCUCCAUCUCAGUUACCUGCACAACCUCCUUCUAAUUGGACUUCAUCAGCUUCAUCCCAACAACCUACAGAAAGUUGGACUCAACAUCCACCUCCAUAUCCUCCACCCUUAACAGGAAACGGUCAACCAGAUACUUUAUCUAACUGGUCUCAAUCCACUGGUCUACCUAAUGGUCAACAGAAUGGUUUUCCUAAUGGGCUACCUAAUGGCCAACAGAAUGGUUUUCCUAAUGGGAUACCUAAUGGCUUGCCUAAUGGUCAACAGAAUGGUUUUCCUAAUGGGCUACCGAAUGGCUUUCCUAAUGGGUUACCAAAUGGUUUCCCUACUGGACUACCGAAUGGUAUUCCAAAUGGGCUACCGAAUGGUAUUCCAAAUGGACUACCGAAUGGUAUUCCAAAUGGGUUACCAAAUGGUUUCCCUACUGGACUACCGAAUGGUAUUCCAAAUGGACUACCGAAUGGUUUUCCUACUGGGAUAUCAAAUGGUUUUCCUAAUGGGUUACCGAAUGGCUCACCUAUUGGUCUACCUGCUCCUCCAUCUAACUGGUCUCAAUCUAAUGGUCAAGUAGAUACUUCAUCCAAUAGUCUACAGAACGGCCUGCCUAAUGGACUACCAAAUGGUUUGCCAAACGGUGUAUCCAAUGGCCUGUCCACCUCUAACGGAGUAUCUACUUUGACAAAUGUUCAACCUUCAGGAGCAAGACCUAACUGGAUGCCACCGUACUAUAGCCCACCAAGUGCACAAACAAAUUGGCCAAACCCACCCUCUCUACCAACACGAAAUUGGCCUUCAGAUUCUUCAGCUUAUUCACUCAGGUCGCUCGACAACAGUAGAUCAUUAACUCCCUCAUCUGUAUGGUAUUCAAGUAAACCACAAACUUCCUCAGCAUCCUCGCUGAAUAAUCAAUCAAUCUUCAACUCACGUAACUAUUCACCCAAACAAUUAGCAUCCUCUAAUCAACGAUCACAAAAUAAUUCAGCACCUAAUUUGCUUGAAAAUCAAUUUUAUUCGUCAUCUAAUCAUUCAAUGCUCCAUAAUUUAUCAGAAGACUUACUAACACAUCGAUCGCUAGAUAAUUCAUCAGUUCAACCUUAUGAUCAUUUACAAAACAACACAAUGAAUCAUUUACUGAAUAAUACACUCGAUGCUUCGAAAUUGCGCUCGCCAUCGGGUCCAUUCUUCAAUUAAUUAAGACUUCCAUUAGAGCUUCUUAACUUUCUUAACAAAUAGUCUUCUACCAAAAUAAUUAUUAAUGAACUGAAGUGUGAAAAAUGGAUAUUUCAUAGAUAAAAAAAGUUUUUGUGUCAUGGACAUAGUACAUCAUACAAAGCUCCCAUUAUGAGAACCGCUUGAAGCUGAACAUUCCCUCGUUAUCUGUACUUUUUACGAGUGUCACCAAAGUGCACGACUGUAUUCCUAUUUAUUGUGAGAAUCCAACAUGUGGCUGCCAGUUGCAGUUAGUGCACCCGUCACAGUGAAAA